GGAAUCCAAAGACAAUUGAGCUUUCUUAAAUUUCGAUGUAAAUUUAAAGAUAAAAUUGAUAUAAUCCCUCUUUAGAGGGACUAGUUUUUCGAUCGCGUAGGUCGACGCUGGGAUCGCAGUCAGUCGCGCGCCGGUCGAGUGUGUAGAAGGACAAGAGUGAGCUUGGUGGUUUUUCUUGGAUUUUGUGAAAGUUUUAUGCCAGUUUUGUGGUGAAACAGUGUUUCAGGGUAUUCUUUCAACAGGGAGUGCCCUUAAAAAGGGGUAGAGAAGCAGAGAGCUGUUGGUCCAUUUAGCAGAAUGACGACCGACAUCUCAGUGGUGCGUUCCGGCUGGGAAACGACGCCACAACAGGAGAUUGUCGACGAGUACGAAUACGAUGGAGGAAACUCCAGUUCGAGGCUUUUCGAAAGAUCCCGAAUCAAGGCCCUUGCUGGGGAACGUGAAUCAGUCCAGAAGAAAACGUUUCAAAAAUGGGUGAACUCCCACCUCGUCAGAUGUUCCUGUCGGAUCGGCGAUCUCUAUGUCGACCUGCGGGACGGAAAAAUGUUAAUAAAACUCCUAGAAAUAUUGUCCGGAGAACGGUUGCCCCGACCAACGAAAGGCAAGAUGCGUAUCCACUGUUUAGAAAACGUGGACAAAGCACUGCAAUUUUUACGUGAACAGAGAGUCCAUCUCGAAAAUAUGGGAUCUCACGAUAUAGUGGACGGCAAUCCUCGUCUCAGUUUAGGUCUCAUCUGGACUAUUAUUUUACGAUUCCAAAUCCAGGACAUUACGAUUGAAGAGGCCGACAACCAGGAAACAAAAUCUGCAAAGGACGCGCUGCUUCUAUGGUGCCAAAUGAAAACAGCCGGCUAUCACAACGUGAAUGUGAGAAAUUUCACGACUUCGUGGCGCGACGGCUUAGCCUUCAAUGCCAUUAUUCACAAGCAUCGUUCAGACUUAAUUCAGUUUGAUAAGUUGUCCAAGUCCAAUGCCAUUUACAAUCUCAAUAAUGCAUUCAAUGUCGCCGAGGACAAACUGGGCCUCACGAAACUUCUCGAUGCUGAAGAUAUCUUCGUCGAUCAUCCGGAUGAGAAGUCAAUCAUUACUUACGUCGUUACGUAUUACCAUUACUUCUCGAAGAUGAAGCAAGAAACGGUGCAGGGUAAGAGAAUCGGUAAGGUCGUUGGAAUUGCAAUGGAGAACGACCGUAUGAUCCACGAGUAUGAAAGCUUGACCAGUGAAUUGCUCCGAUGGAUUCAGUCCACGAUUGAGGCACUUGGCGAUCGUCGCUUUGCCAAUUCCCUGACUGGUGUUCAAUCCCAGCUCUCUCAAUUCUCCAACUAUCGUACCGUCGAGAAGCCGCCAAAGUUCGUCGAAAAGGGUAACUUGGAGGUGUUGCUCUUCACUCUUCAGUCAAAGAUGCGCGCCAACAAUCAGAAACCCUACACGCCCAAAGAGGGCAAAAUGAUUUCAGACAUCAACAAGGCCUGGGAGCGACUGGAGAAGGCCGAGCACGAACGAGAGUUGGCGCUUCGUGAAGAGCUGAUUCGCCAAGAGAAAUUGGAGCAAUUGGCGGCGCGAUUCAAUCGAAAGGCAAGCAUGCGAGAAACCUGGCUCUCAGAAAAUCAAAGACUCGUCUCACAGGACAACUUUGGUUUCGAUCUUGCUGCUGUGGAAGCCGCGGCCAAGAAGCACGAAGCCAUCGAAACCGAUAUUUUCGCUUACGAGGAACGAGUCCAGGCCGUGAUGGCAGUCUCGCAGGAACUGGAGGCUGAGAAUUAUCACGACAUAGAGAGAAUCAAUGCCCGAAAGGACAAUGUUUUGCGAUUGUGGAAUUAUCUCCUCGAAUUGUUGCGCGCCAGGAGACUGAGACUCGAGUUGUCACUCCAGCUUCAACAGAACUUCCAGGAGAUGUUGUACAUCCUCGACAGCAUGGAGGAAAUUAAGAAUCGUCUCUUGACCGACGACUACGGAAAGCACUUGAUGGGAGUUGAAGAUCUGCUCCAGAAACAUUCACUCGUCGAGGCGGACAUCAAUGUUUUGGGCGAGAGAGUGAAAGCUGUUGUUCAGCAGAGUCAGCGAUUCUUGGAACAGGGUGAGGGUUAUCGUCCCUGCGAUCCAACAAUCAUUGUCGAGCGUGUUCAGCAACUUGAGGACGCAUACGCUGAACUCGUUCGUUUGGCAGUUGAGAGACGUGCCCGACUCGAGGAAUCGCGCAAACUCUGGCAGUUCUACUGGGACAUGGCUGAUGAAGAGAACUGGAUUAAGGAGAAGGAACAGAUUGUUUCUACUGGUGAUAUCGGUCAUGAUUUGACAACAAUAAAUUUAUUGCUCUCAAAGCACAAGGCUCUACUAAACGAAAUACAGUCGCACGAAACGCAGAUGAUGUCCGUUGCCGAUAUCGGCGGUGAGCUAGUUCGUCAACAGCACUUUGGCGCUGAUCGUAUUCAAGAGAGACUCAAGGAGAUCCUCGGAAUGUGGAAUCAUCUACUGGAUUUGGCUGCUUUCAGACGAAAGCGACUCGAGGAGGCAGUUGACUACCAUCAACUCUUUGCAGACGCUGAUGAUAUUGAUAUUUGGAUGCUGGACACACUACGUCUCGUAUCAUCGGAAGACGUCGGCAGGGACGAAGCGAAUGUCCAAUCUUUGUUGAAGAAACACAAGGACGUUACUGACGAAUUGAAGAAUUACGCCUCCACAAUCGAACAACUUCACCAACAGGCGUCUCAACUCGGCGAACAGGAUGCCAAGUCGCCCGAGGUUUUGGAGAGACUUGCUUCGAUCGAUUCCAGAUACAAGGAACUUCUGGAAUUGGCUAAGCUGCGAAAGCAGAGACUCCUUGACGCACUUUCUCUCUACAAACUAUUCAGCGAAUCCGACGGUGUGGAGCAAUGGAUCGGUGAAAAGAACAGAAUGCUCGACACAAUGGUACCUGCGAAGGACAUCGAGGAUGUUGAGAUCAUGAAGCACCGAUACGAUGGCUUCGAAAAGGAGAUGAACGCGAAUGCUUCUCGUGUGGCCGUUGUUAAUCAACUCGCACGACAAUUGCUUCAUGUUGAGCAUCCCAACUCGGAGCAGAUUGUUGCUCGGCAGAACGAGCUGAAUCAGAAGUGGGCAGAACUCCGUGACAAGGCGGAAGGAAAACGCGAGGCUUUGAACUCUGCUCAUGGCGUCCAAACAUUCCACAUUGAGUGUCGCGAGACGGUCUCUUGGAUUGAGGAUAAGAAGCGCAUUCUGCAACAGACUGACAGUCUCGAGAUGGAUUUGACUGGUGUCAUGACCCUGCAGCGUAGACUCAGUGGAAUGGAGCGUGACUUGGCAGCUAUUCAAGCUAAGCUCGAUGCCCUGGAGAAGGAGGCGCAACUGAUUGAGCAAGAUCAUCCGGAAGAGGCGGCUGUUAUUCGCGAGAGAAUUACCCAGAUUCAGACAAUCUGGGAGCAAUUGACUCAUAUGCUGAAGGAGCGAGACUCGAAGUUGGAAGAGGCUGGUGAUCUGCACAGAUUCUUGCGAGACCUUGACCACUUCCAGAUCUGGUUGACAAAGACCCAGACUGAUGUUGCCAGCGAGGACACGCCUACCAGUUUGGCUGAUGCCGAGAAACUGUUGACUCAACACCAGAACAUCAAGGAGGAGAUUAACAAUUACACGGAUGACUAUCAGAAGAUGAUGGAAUAUGGAGAGACAUUGACAAGUGAGGCUGGCGAUGGAGAUACGCAGUACAUGUUCUUGAGAGAGAGGUUGAAUGCUCUGAAGGAGGGAUGGGAAGAACUCCACCAGAUGUGGGAGAACAGGCAGAAUUUGCUCUCCAAUUCACUCAAUCUUCAGAUCUUUGAUCGCGACGCUAGACAGGCGGAAGUCUUGUUGUCACAGCAAGAACACUUGCUGACGAAGGACGAGACUCCAGUUAGUUUCGAGCAGGCGGAAAAUCUGAUCAAGCGUCACGAAGCUUUCAUGACGACGAUGGACGCCAAUGACGAGAAGAUCAAUUCGGUGGUUCAAUUUGCUGGGAGGUUGGUUGACGAAGGACACUUUGCGGCCGACAAGGUGAAGAAGAAGGCCGAGAAUAUCAAUGAGCGUAGGAGUGUCAAUCGGGAGAAGGCUAAUCAGCUCAUGGAGAAGCUGCGAGAUCAACUUCAGCUGCAGAUGUUCUUGCAGGAUUGCGAGGAAUUGGGAGAGUGGGUUCAAGAAAAGCAUAUCACCGCCCAAGACGAGACUUACAGAAGUGCAAAGACUGUUCACAGCAAGUGGACCAGGCAUCAGGCGUUCGAGGCCGAAAUUGCGAGCAACAAAGAUCGUCUCCAGCAACUGCAAGAAUCGGCGAAUGAGUUGAUCCGAGAAAAGCCUGAAUUGUCAGAGAUUAUUACUCCUAAAGUGGCCGAAUUGGCUGAUUCGUUUGGGGAGCUUGAAGUUACGACUCAUGACAAGGGAGAGCGAUUGUUUGACGCUAAUCGUGAAGUUCUGAUUCAUCAAACUUGCGAUGACAUUGAUUCGUGGAUGAAUGAAUUAGAGAAACAGAUUGAGAGCACUGACACUGGAAAUGACCUUGCAUCUGUGAACAUUCUAAUGCAGAAGCAACAAACGAUUGAGACCCAGAUGGCUCUGAAGGCCCGUCAAGUCACGGAACUCGACAAGCAAGCCGAUCACUUGCAACGCACCGUGCCAGAAGACAAAAUGGAGGAGAUCAAAUUUAAGAAGGAGAAGGUUGCUCAGAGAUUCGAGCAGUUGAAGGCGCCUCUGUUGGGUCGCCAGCGGCAACUCGAAAAAAACAAGGAAGCCUUCCAGUUCAGACGAGAUGUCGAGGACGAGAAAUUAUGGAUUGCGGAGAAGAUGCCGCAGGCGACGAGCAGUGAGUACGGAAAUUCGCUCUUCAAUGUUCACAUGUUGAAGAAAAAGAAUCAGUCGCUGCGCACGGAAAUCGACAAUCACGAGCCCCGAAUCAAUUCGGUGUGCAAUAACGGCCAGAAGUUGAUCAGCGAGGAACACGAGGACACGCCAGAGUUCCAGAGACUCAUAUCCGACCUGAAUGAGAAGUGGCGAGAACUGAAGGACGCGAUUGAUGAGAGAAACAGCAAUUUGUUGCAGAACGAGAAGGCCCAGCAGUACUUCUUUGAUGCGACCGAGGCCGAGUCCUGGAUGAGCGAGCAGGAAUUGUACAUGAUGGUAGAGGAUCGUGGAAAGGACGAGAUCUCUGCUCAGAAUCUGAUGAAGAAGCAUGAAUCAUUGGAGCAUGCGGUAGAGGAUUACGCUGAGACUAUUCGUCAGUUGGGAGAGACAUCGAGGCAGCUCAUCAAUGAUCAACAUCCGCUGGCUGAUCAGAUUGCUGUGAAACAGUCGCAGGUGGACAAAUUGUACGCGGGUCUCAAAGAUCUGGCUGGCGAGCGUCGCGCUAAAUUGGACGAGGCACUUCAGCUCUUCAUGUUGAAUCGUGAAGUGGACGACCUGGAGCAGUGGAUCGCGGAGCGAGAAUUGGUGGCAGGAAGUCAUGAGCUCGGACAAGACUAUGAUCAUGUGACUCUCUUGUGGGAGCGAUUCAAGGAAUUUGCUCGGGACACUGAAGCAAUUGGUUCCGAGAGGGUUGACGCUGUGAAUGGAAUUGCUGAUUCGCUGAUUGCCACCGGACAUUCAGACGCAGCUACAAUCGCCGAAUGGAAGGAUGGAUUGAACGAAGUCUGGCAGGACUUGCUUGAGUUGAUCGAAACACGAACCCAGAUGUUGGCAGCGAGUCGAGAACUUCACAAAUUCUUCCAUGACUGCAAGGAUGUUCUUGGCAGGAUUUUGGAAAAGCAGAAUGCAAUGUCUGAUGAACUGGGACGUGAUGCUGGUUCUGUUUCGGCCUUGCAACGUAAACACAUUAAUUUCAUCCAGGACUUGUCGACUCUUCAGAGUCAGGUCUCGCAGAUUCAGGAAGAAUCGGCCAAGUUGCAGGCUAGUUAUGCUGGCGAAAAGGCGCGAGAGAUUACGAAUCGGGAAGCAGAGGUUGUGGCAGCAUGGAAUAAUUUGCAGUCGCUCUGUGAAGCGAGAAAAAUGAAAUUGGAAGACACUGGCGAUCUCUUUAGAUUCUUCAAUAUGGUGAGGACACUGAUGAUUUGGAUGGACGAUGUUGUUCGGCAGAUGAACACCUCGGAGAAACCGAGAGACGUGUCGGGUGUUGAGCUCCUGAUGAAUAAUCAUCAGAGUUUGAAGGCUGAGAUUGAUACGCGAGAGGAUAAUCUUAUUUCUUGUAUUAAUCUUGGAAAGGAUCUGUUGGCUCGGGAUCACUACGCGAGUUCGCAAAUUAAAGAGAAACUGACUGCACUCAAUGAUCAUAGAAACGCACUUCAGCAUCGAUGGGAGGAGCGCUGGGAGAAUCUGCAGCUUAUUCUGGAAGUAUAUCAGUUCGCGAGGGACGCAGCGGUUGCUGAGGCAUGGCUAAUUGCUCAGGAACCGUACCUUAUGAGCCAAGAACUUGGGCACACCAUUGACGAGGUAGAAAACCUGAUUAAGAAGCACGAGGCAUUUGAAAAAUCUGCAGCUGCACAGGAAGAAAGAUUCAGUGCCUUGGAACGAUUAACAACGUUUGAGCUGAAAGAAUUGAAGAGACGAGAGCAAGAGAGGGAGGAAGAAGAAAGGCGUAAAAAAGAAGAGGCUGCUGCUGCAGAAGCUGCUCGUAUAGCUAAAGCAACUCCUGUUACUAGUCCUGAUGAACCAACGAGUGAUAGAGCGGAAGCCGAUGGAGUAGCCAGUGGACGAGGAGAAGACGAUGGACAUGCGGCACUCCGCAAGGCUUCCACGCGAACACCGCAACCCCAAGAAAAAUCCAAGGAAGUGCAUGGUCAAAAGCGCACGAGACUCACUUCCCUGGAAGAGGAAACACGACUUCGCACCCCGACAUCAUCAAAAUCUCAAAAAGUCCAAUCGACUCCUUCAACUCCCAAGGGUGGAAGCGGAUCUGAGUCUGGUACUUUGAGACGCAAGGAACGCAGUCGCAGCAAAUCACCAUUCCGAAGCUUCCGCUGGAAAAAAACGGCUAAGUCCCCAAGCUUAGAUCGCAGUGGUGUGAGCGAUGAUGAGCACGGUUUCUCUGAACAAAGAAGUCCAACUGGUGAUGAAUUCGAAGGAACGCUGGUGAGGAAACACGAGUGGGAAAGCACCACGAAGAAGGCAUCUAAUAGGUCGUGGGACAAAGUUUAUAUGGUUGUAAGAGGACAAAAUUUGGUUGCCUAUAAGGAUCAAAAAUCAUACAAAUCUGCUCCCGAUCAACCCUACAAAGGUGAAGCUUCCCUGGAUCUGAGAGGAGCUACGAUUAUCGUAGCGAGCGAUUACACUAAGAAGAAGCAUGUCUUCCGAGUAAAGUCGCAGAAUGGCGCCGACUUCCUGUUCCAGGCCAAAGAUGAUGCGGAGAUGCAAGAAUGGGUUUCGACUUUAAAUCUAGCCGCACAGGGCACAGCAGGUGCAAGUACAUCCAGAGCACAUACACUGCCUGCGCCAACGCAAGCCGAAACCAAGCGGCGAAGCUUUUUCACUCUCAAGAAAAAUUAAAUUGGAGCAGUGAAAGAUACGAUAAGCCGCCAAUAUGAGCCAGCCAAGCAGCAUGAUCAGAGGAAUAUUGCGUCGCUCUACUUCGUGAAAGCUACGUUAAUAAAAUACCGACAGCUCUGGCCAUAAUGUGAAAAAAUGAAAUUUAAUCGAACCGUGCGAGUUCAAUAAUCGAGAAACAAAAAUCGGCGCGCACUUUCCAAUAAUAAUCACUCCAGCCAGUAGUGCUUGCACGGUUCUUCUGAAUUUGAUUCUUUCUCUGAGUUAUAGACACUCUAUAAUAUUGCUAAGAUGGAGAAGGUGAAACAUGCAAUAUCCCAAGUUAGCCUGAUCAAUCGUUUUGAAAUGCUAGAAUUUUACGUUCCUCGUUCAAAGUUUAUGACGAUUUGACGUACCAGAAACCACUACGAAGUAGAAAAAAAAAA